ACAUGCCACGCCCUCUCCCUCCCUAUCCUCAAAGACCAAUCCGAUAUCCGAUAAAAAGCGCGCACCGGCGUGGCGCGCUUCCUCCCGAGCCCCGAUCAUCUCCCUCUUCGUCAUGGCUCUGCCGUCCGCCGGCUCGUUCGCGGCAUGCAGCCUCCAGCCAAGGGUUAGCAUUCGGGCGUGCCAUGCCCCGAGGCCGCCGCCACACCUGCAGCCGGGUGCGGCUGCGGCGGUAUCGUCUGCGAGGACGCGGCAGCAGCGCCGGGCGAACGCGACCAAGGGUGGAGUGUCCACCGUGUGCGAGCCGCUGGGCCCCGACCGGCCGGUCUGGUUCCCCGGCAAACCCGCUCCGCCGUGGCUCGACGGCAGCCUUCCAGGAGACUUUGGAUUUGACCCUCUCGGACUAGGUUCGGAUCCGGAGUCGCUGCGGUGGUUCGCGCAGGCGGAGCUGAUGCACGGGCGGUGGGCGAUGCUGGCGGCGGCGGGGAUCCUGAUCCCGGACCUGCUGGCGCGGUGGGGCUUCAUCGACGCCGGCUACUCGUGGUUCGACGCCGGGUCCCGCGAGUACUUCGCGGACCCGUGGACGCUCUUCAUCUCGCAGAUGGCGCUGAUGGGGUGGGCGGAGAGCCGGCGGUGGGCGGACAUCCUCAAGCCCGGCUGCGUCGACAUCGAGCCGCGCUUCCCCAACCGCAAGAACCCCGUCCCGGACGUCGGGUACCCCGGCGGCAUUUGGUUCGACUGGGCCAACUGGGGCCGCGGGUCCCCGGAGCCCGUCAUGGUGCUGCGCACCAAGGAGAUCAAGAACGGCCGCCUCGCCAUGCUCGCCUUCGUCGGCUUCUGGUUCCAGGCCGUGUACACCGGCCAGGGCCCCAUCGACAACCUCCUCGCGCACCUCGCCGACCCCGGCCACUGCAACAUCUUCUCGGCGUUCACGUCCCACUGAUACGACCAUGCUGUUUCGGAGUUGAAGGCUUCAGGGAGUGAAGUAAGCCAAGAAAAACAAAAGGAUCUGUUCUUUUUUUUUUAGAAUAAUUGGAGUACUUCGCUUGGGCCACGUACGGUAUCAUUUUGGCCUUGGACAUGUCGUUUGUACCUACAUAGAAAUGUUAAACCACUUGUACAAACGUAGUAGAAAUAUAUACCAGGGAUCGCGAUGAUACUAACCAGCA